AAACACGAAGUCCAAUCUGCACAUUAAUAUGUCGGACUCUGACAACAACGGCUUGGUGCUCAACCUGGCGGCGGUGCCCGAGGCGGCCGGCCCCCGGCAGUCCCGCACCCAGCAGCGCAAGCUGAAAUGGACGCAGCAGCGGGCCAUCAAGAGGAACGCGCACAAGCAGAAGUUUGUUGGCUACAAGGGCGGCGGCAGCCCCGGCUGGCUGGGCAGCAGCAGGCGUGAGCCAGAGCCUGAGCAGCAGGCGGCAGGCGGCGGCGGCGGCGGCGGGCAGCUCAAGGGCUACUCUCUUGAUGCUUAUGAGCCUGACCCACCUGCCGCCGCUGACCUUGCACCGAACCGGCAGAAGAAGGAGGAGGCGCAGCAGCAGCCGGGCCAGCGGCAGCAGCAGAGGGAUGCUCCGUGCCAGCGGCAGCAGCAGGAUGAUCCCAGCCAGCAGCAGCGGCAGCAGCUCGAGCAGCAGCAGACAGCAGCGGGGCAGCAGGCGCGGCAGAAGCCGCAGCCUCGCCCGCGGCAGGACGUGCAGCAGCAGCCGCAGCAGCAGGCCUGGCAGCCCAGCCGCCGCCCGCAGCCGCCAGCGGCCGGCCAGCUGCCGCCGGGCCAGCCCCGCAGCGGCGCCCGCCUGGCCGCCGAGCACUUACAGCGGCGCCAGCAGCACGCGCGUGGGCGGGGCGGCAGCCCUCGGCCCAGCGGCGGUGGUGGCGGGACGGCUGCGGCUGCUAACGAGGAUGAAGAGUCGAGGCGCAUUGGCAAGCUGCGGCUGGCGUCUCGCAAGGCUGGGUACCGCGAGCCCACGCCAGACUUGGAUGAGGUGAGGGCGGCGGGCAGCGACGCGGAUUCGGAGGAUGUGGCGGCGGCGGUGGCGGCGGCGGUGGCGCGGGACCGUGCAGUACAGGCCGAGCUGGCAGCGGUACAGAGCCGUAGCCGCACGCGCCACGAGCGGCAGCAUGCAGCCGGCGACGAGACAGGCGGCAGCGGCGGCGGCGGCGGCGGUGCCGGCAGGGUCCAGGCUGGUGGAGCAGGCGGUACCCGCCGCCUGGCCGGCACGCACGACCUUGGCCGGUUUGGUGGGAGCAGCAGCGAGGAGGAGGGCCCCGGGGCGGGGGAUGGGGUGGUGGUGGAUUUUGGAGUGGAUUAUGGCGCAGAAGAGGCGGCGCAGCGGCGGCGCAACAAGCGGCGCAACAAGGAGCGCGAGGCCGUGGCUGCGGCCGCGGCGGCGGCGGCGGCGGCCGGCGGCGGCGGUGGUGGUGCAGGCGGCGGCCGGGCCAAGGCGGGCGGCGCGGCCAAGGCCGCGUGGGCUGGCGUGCGGCCGGGAGAGCUGGUGCAUGCGGGCGGCGGCGUGGGCGAGGCGGCGGCGCAGGGCCAGCUGUUUGGCGCGGAGCCGGAGGCGGGCGGCGGCGGCCCAAGCGGCGGCGACGGGGGCGGCGGCGGCGGCUUUGCCGCGCUGGGCCUGUCGCGCCAGCUGGCAGACCACCUGGCCGCGCACAGCUUCACCCAACCCACGCGCGUGCAGCAGCAGGCCAUCCCCGUGCUGCUGGGCGGGCGUGACGCGCUGGUCAACGCCCCCACAGGCUCCGGAAAGACCCUCAGGCGCGCCGCCUACCUGGCCCCCAUCGUGCACGACCUCGCCUCCCACCAGCCCCCCAUCACCCGCGCCCGAGGCACCCUCGCCCUCGUCAUCUGCCCCACCAGGGAGCUCUGCCUGCAAGUGUCCGACGUGCUGACCAUGCUCGUCCGCCGCUUCGUGUGGCUGGCGGAGCGCACGGCGGCCUUCCUGCGCUUUGCACGCUGCGCCGCGGGCGUGCUGCUGUGCACCGACGUCGCCGCCCGCGGCCUGGACUUCCCUGCCGUGACAGACAUCGUGCAGUUCGACCCUCCGGGGGAGGCCGCGGAGUAUGUGCACCGCGUGGGGCGCACCGCCCGGCUGGGCCACAAGGGGGAUGCGGUGCUGUUCCUGCUGCCCAGCGAGCGCGGGUAUGUGGCGCACCUGGCGGCGCACGGCGCGGGCGCGGACUUGCCUAUGGAGGGGCACCAGGGUGCGUACGCGCUGCAGAAGCAGCUGAUGGAGGGGGUUGCGGCAGACUCCCACCUGUCGCGCCUGGGAGGCGACGCCUUCAGGUCCUGGGUGCGGGCCUAUGCCACCCACGCCGCCGCCGUCAAGAACAUCUUUCACGUGCGGCGCCUGCACCUGGGACACGUGGCCCACGCCUUUGCCCUCAAGGAGCGGCCCAGCCUGGUUGGAAAGUCGAGCACCAAGCAGGCGUCGCAGCAGAAGCGCAAGGCGCAGCACGCGCCGCACGCGCAGCAGCGCCACAAGCAGCCGAAGCAGCAGCACCAGCAGCACGGCGGCGGCGCCGGGGCGGGUGGUGGUGGAGGGCCCAAGCAGGCCCGGCGACAGCCCCCGCAGCAGGUGGCAUCCACGGCGGGCGGCAUGUACACCCUUACGUGA